GGUAAAUGCAGUGAUUUAUAUAAAUAUCAUCUUCCGAGAGGUAUCGGAGGCUGUAAAAGCAAUGUCUUUUAUAAAGUUUGUCCGAAAUUCGAUAGGAUUAUUCAAAAAGGACGUUAUCACCUUCCUGAUUCUACGACGUCAUGACUUGAAUAUAAUCGAUGAGAAACUUUGCUACAUAGCAGUAAAACCGACAGCCUCUAUAUCACAACUACGACAGAAAGUGUGGUAUCUUCUAGAAUUACCAGAUUACUGUGAGGAAAUUAUAAUAUUAAAAUCUGAAAACGACCUUGAAUUACCGUUGACCGAUCUUCGUAAGGGUAAUGACCCUCAGCACCCGUAUAUUUUGGAAGUCUGGCUUCCUAAUAAAAUUAUGCCCUCAGGAAGCUUACUAAAUAACAUGAUAACCAUGGGUAACAAAAGUGCAACAGGAGACUAUCUAGAAUCACCGGACACUGUGUUUGAGGAAAAAGUAAAAAGCGAUUUCAAAGAAAAAGGCAUUGAGGAAGAGUUUUCACAUACUACAAUCAUCAAUGAAACGAUAGCGCUCAAUAAGUUUCACUUAAUGGAAAACCAAGUAAAUAUUAAAAACAAAGAAUAUGAAAGGAAAUCGGAUUUAUCAUCCAAAAUAUCAUCUUCGUCCAUAUUUUUUAAGCUGCACGGAAGAAAAAGUCGAGAUAACUUCGCAAAUAUUUUGUUGAAAAUACAAAAUGAUCUCACGACCCUUAAUAAUAAACUAUCGGAUAUGGAAAGCAGGAUACAAUUGUAA